AAGGGGGUGCUCCCUCUGCUGUUUCCUGAAUUUCACGACCAUCUCCUUUGUUUUGUUGACAUUGAGUGAGAGGUUGUUUUCCUGGCCUUACCAAGGCAAUUAUUCUCUAUCUAGUAAAUGUGCUAGCUAUUUCAGUGGAUAUUGAACACAUUUCUACCUGCAAAUGAAUAAUGUUUUUACUAGAUCUAAGGAAUUGUAAUAAAUUCACACAAGUUUUUUUGUGGAAAUCAAAGGAAGGCAAAGGAUGUCAAAGUAGGCCAUAAAUGUUUGAGUAAUUUACAUUUGGUUUGAGGUCUCUCUGACAAUCAAUUAGAAAGGGUAUUGCGAUAACAAUAAAAUGACAUAUUUCACAAGAUUUAAGUAAUUUUUAUAAUUUUUUGGGGUGGAAAUCCAAGGUUGUAAAAGUAGGCCAGACAUUUGUAGAAUAAUUUACACUUGGUUCAAGGUGUCACUGACAAGCCUAUGGAAAAGUUAAUGCGAUAAGAAUAAUUAUAUAUUUGACUAGAUUUAAGGUUUCUUAUCUAAAAGAUUUCAUUUAGUUUCCUUAAUAGGAUAUUGAUUUAUGCGUCAUAUCUUUUUCUUUAAUCCAUUUAGAACUCAUUAUAAACACAAACAUAUUUUGAUCAGCAAAGGCUACAAUACCUUGAUCACAACACAUGUAGGCCUGCUAAAACUUUGACUACAGAAAAUGAUCACCAUGACAAGAAUAACAGCACAUUAAUAGCUGCAGUAAAUGAAAGGCUUGGCUGUGUCUUAGUUUCUGUUGUCCUAUUAUGUAAUGCUAAUCUAUAGUCCUUCAUUAAAACCUGUUGAUUGGGGAAGACUUGCUGAUUUCUGAUUGAGUGGAUCAAGAUGUCUGUUAACUUUCACCCGAAGAGCUUCUGUCAACAGUCAGGGUAGGAGGGGCGACUCGUUCCUCUCACAACCCGUCUCCAACCCCUUAUCGAUGUUGUGUAUUGUCAAUGCCAACUGUUCUCGCAAAAUCAAAGCUUGCCGGUCCGUAGAAUGUGUGAACAUGGGAUCAGCAUCACUCAGGGGCGUCAUAUAACCCAAAAAUCUGAGGGGACACAAACUAUGUGUGAAUGGCUGGGGGUUGGUCUACCGGGAGGAACAUUUCCCUCUGUACAUAAAUGUGAGAAUGUUGCAUUUUUCAAACACCUGAAACAGCAUUUUCCUGCUAUCUAAAGCCAAAAUAUUUUGCUUUAUAAAAAUAUUUGGAUUUUUCUGCAUAUCUAAGCAUACAUCUUAAGCUGUCUGUAAAAGAAGAAUCUAAAUAUGCUGCCCUGCAUCUCUGCUAAAAUCUGGGUUAAAGAUUAAAAGGAAUUCAGUACAUUUAGUUAUUGCUUGCUUUUCGGCUUCUUGGUAGCUAGUUAUGAGGUUGUUGAGAGUAGGAACCUAUCUGGGCUAGCUAAAGCCAACGGCAUAAAAUUGCGACUAGUAGUAUUACAGAGGAAUUAAAAAAAUAAAAAUAUAUUGACAAAUCUGAGGGGGAACGUGCCCCUGUGCCCCCUAUGGGCAUGACACCCCCGGCGUCACCCCUUACAAAUGGCACUAUCUAAUGAAGUAAAAAAAUAACGCAAGGUUUUAUAUUUAGGUUAGGCAUACCCAGAGCAAUAAUACAGGCAUUUUGUAUUGGGGCAAUGGGCGCCAAAUGUGUCUCUAACUUUGUAGGGCUACUUUUAUAUGUCCUAUGUGAGCAUUACAAUUAAAUAGGCAACUAUUCAUAUUUCAAGUUUUGCACAAAUUUCAUUUUUGCUGUUCUAUUCCCAACUCCAAUGUGGUGAAUAAAAAAAUGGUUGGCUUGACAAUGACAGCAAUGGAAUUGGCAAGAGCACAAACAGAUCUGGGACCAGGCUACUACUCCCCCUCAUCAGGAAACAACUGAAAUCUAAGACAUGAAUUUGUCUGAAUCUUUCAUCUCUUUUGUUGAAUAUGUUGGUUUAGUGUUGUCCGUCUACUACAUCUAUUAAAAUGAGGACCCAGCAGGCCUGCCCUGCCAAAAAGAGACCGCUAAUAACAUGAUGAUUAACACACACAGCACAGGGAGCACAUCUGUUUAGCUGUCUGACUACUGUUGAUUUGGCAUCACGUUUUGUGUGUGUGUAUGUGUCUGUCCUCUGCCUGUCAGCUGUUGAUCUGUCAAUCAGCAAUUCCUGUGUGUUGUCUGCGUGUAUGCUGUCUGCGGGCACACUGUCUGUCAUCCCAAGACCACCUGCCACACUACAGUCCCAAUACACACUCCAGACUGGGACUCUAUGGAGGAACCAGUUGCCUCAGCCACUAUAGUGUUUGUGUGUGUAUAUGACAGAAAAAGACCCAGCCAGCUCCUGCAUUAGAGACACAUAAUCAGGUCCAUGUGAAGAGCCCUUUACAAUCCACAUCCCAGAGCACAGCACACACUGGAUUACUCAUCUGUCCCCUAUGGGAGCUCGGCUCCCAAUACACACCAGUCUGUUUGACCUGACACACACAUACACAGGGGGACCACCAUAGACUCAGGCAGAGAAGGAUAGACAUACCUCCACACACUAAUGAUGUUAUACACAUACUUGCCAAACUUAAUUACACUAAUAUGAUAAUCUGUCCAUGGGGUGCCAUUCUAAAGCUACACAGGGGUUGAGGGGCCAGUUGUUAAUGAGUGAGAGGAAAAUAUCUGUCUGUCAGUGAUGUCCAUCUAUGUAUGUCUUUUGAUCAAGCAAGACUAGUGCUCCAAUUAGAACAAUAUUAGAUCAUGAAAACUAGAUCAUUAUCACAGACCGAGUUCAAUUUGAUAAAUAAUGCAAAAAGUUUAGGCUCAAACUGUUUCGAUUUUUAAUUAAACAAUUCAAGAAUUGACAUAGCCUACUGGAAGCCUAUCAACGAUGUUUUGACUGAAUGACACGCAGGGUGAAACCGCUUAGAUGUCCAUUAGAGAGACAUUAUCACGUCAUUAAUUGCCGGUUAAAAAAAAGCACUCCUCUAUCUACUAAUCUAUUGGUGUCUAAUCCACCUAUGUUUCAGAUGAAAAUGGGCUCAUUAAAAACGAAAUGUGUGUUUUUAUUUCAUGUGCGAGUCCCAUCUUUACUGGUCGAUGUGGUGAUGAUGGGUGUGAUCGAUGAGUGGGUGGAGGUGGGGAUCAGGCAGAGGCUAUUAAUCCUAAAAUAGGGCGUUACUUUGAAGCUCUCCCGCGCGUCCACUGUUUUUGAUGUUGGUCCCCACCCCCCCUUGGUACACGUCCGUCGGGAUGUCACAGCGGGGCUACUAUAUAUAAAGGUGGUCAGUCCUUGUCCUCCUCCAUCUGCAACAGGGUUUAACUCUCAACUCUUUCAGAAAUGGCAUAUUUCCCAAUUUGGCUGCUGUGCGCCAGUGCGAUACUGUCUCUAACGCACAGCUUCAACCAGGAGAACCUGAAAGAGGCUAUGCUUCAGAGGCUUGGACUGAAGGAACUCCCAAGGAUCCAUAAAAGGGACUUGGAAAACCUGGUCGUUCCUAGCCACAUCAGAAACAAGUACCUGACCCUGCUGAAGCUGCACCACGAGAGGAGACGCCGCUCUCUGCCCAGCCUAGCAGGAAUCCUCAGGGGGUAUUCCGGGAACGCAGGUAAACAGCAAUGGCAACUAUGACAGUUUCUAAGACUGAGAAUAUGACAGUUUUAAAGACUGACUGAUUUUUAUUUUCCAUCAUUAUAUUUUAUUUACUAUUAGUUAUACUAUUGUUAACACCAAUGCGUAAUUCUCAGUUUGGUGUUCUGUUUGGAUUCCAAAUUACGCACUGCUGUCCAAUUGUCCACAUGCGGACGGUGUCCUGUUAUAUUCUACAUAAUAGAUAUAUCGGGGGAGAUUCUUUACUCUGACGCCACCAGAGAGCGGUUGGUUUUCGACAUGGAGGCCAGGGUCCCAGCCAACAGCGAGGUGACCAUGGCGGAGCUCAGACUCUACCAGAACGCCCCUCAUAAACUGCACCUGGCCGGGAGAAAGAGUCAAAAGCAGGGCAACAACGCACGGGUCAGCGUCUACUGGGUGGAGGUUCUAGAGAACGGCGCCAACCGCUCCUCACUGGUAGACUCAAGGUUGGUGCCAAUCUACGAGACCGGGUGGAAAGGUUUCGAUGUGACGCAGGCCGUACACUACUGGUCGAAGGGACGUCGAGAGGUGCCGCUGCGCCUGGAGCUGCGGGUCGAGGGGGAGAGACCGGGAAGCUAUGCAGCCGAGAUGGCCAAGAGUAUGCGCUUUACCGCGCAGGACCCCUCUGACCAGAGCACGGGAAAGCCUGAGCUUCUUUUUUACACCUUGAACCUGGAGGAAUAUGGUUCCCGUGGUGACUGCCAGUCCAGCAAGCCGAACGGCAUAUGCUGCAGAGAAGACCACUUCAUCAACUUCCGGGAGCUAACUUGGACUCAAUACUGGGUCAUCGAACCUGCGGGCUACCAGUCCUUCCGAUGCGCAGGAGGAUGCAAGCAGCCAAAGCGUCAUUAUGGUUACGGAGAACGGCGGUGCGCGGCUACGGAGAACGGCGGUGCGCGGCUACAGAGAACGGCGGUGCGCGGCUACGGAGAACGGCGGUGCGCGGCUACAGAGAACGGCGGUGCGCGGCUACGGAGAACGGCGGUGCGCGGCUACGGAGAACGGCGGUGCGCGGCUACGGAGAACGCGCCGCUACCUAUAAUGUAUCUGGUGAAAAAAGGAGACUACACUGAGAUUGAAGUGGCCGAGUUUCCCAACAUGAUAGUGGAGAAGUGCAGAUGUACAAUGGACAAUGUAUCUGUUUGAGAAUGAAGAAGGAGCGCAAUCCAGAGAGACAGAGAUGCGAGUGCGACUCGUGAUGCACAGUACUUUUUUUCUUCAAACUUUAAUUACUAUAGGCUAAAAAGGAGAUAUCUUGUUGGUGUGAAUAUUUGAGACAACGGUUAUAUUAGCCGAUCACUUGUUUGUUGAGCACUUUAAAUGUAAAUACUUAGCCUAAUUUAUGUUGCCCAUGAAUGCAUUUAUACUCUUCAUAUGACAAGAUUAAAAAUAUUAAUUAAUUGCACAUUUUCAAAGUAUAUUAACGAACGUAUUUUUCUUCCACAAAUCCUUAAUUAACACAGUGUCACUUCAUUGUUGUCUAAGGGUUUGUCUUUUGAGGGAAAGUGGGGGAGUGUGAAUAAACGAAAACACAGUCAAACUGAGAUCAUUUACAGAUGUGGUUGUGAGACCAAUUUUAUCAUUAGAGCCUCACCACUAGCCCAAUCCUUUGUUAUGGUAACACAUCCUCAUCACGGGGCUUCCGAUCAGUGUUUGAUUUGUGGAUUUAUUUACUUAGUUUCCGUCUCAGAAUCUACAGCACUGCAUCCAUUGGCGACCAGUGUGGCCAAGCUAAACGUCACCAAUUACGCACGAAUGGCGCGCCUUUGGAGAUUCACUAUGACACGCGGACGGGAACAACACUCAACAGGGUUGAUUCUUAUGCAAAUGCACGGAAGGAGUUUAGAACUAUGUCAAAUGAGUUUUUAUUUCAAAAUGGCAUGAUUGAUUUGAAAGACUUCCAGUCCACUCUACCAUUUAUGACCAAGACCACGAGACAAAACCAAUGUCAGAUCGCUGUCCAACUCUCGUCUCCCAUUAGAGCCCCAGUCAGUGUAAAAUGUGAGGUAUUUUACUGUAAUCUUAAUCUAAUCUAUUCUGCGUGGUGUUCCGCGUUUGCCUGGCUACCCAAACUCCUUGCUACGGACACACGCUACACCAAGCCCACGGACAUUAGUUCCUUCUCAGCAAUGAAGAUAGCUGGGGGAAAAAAAUCUGUUUCAGUCAUCGCGCAAAUUCAGCAUAACUGGGUGAAAUCAUACAUUCGGCUCAGGAAGGUUGGUGUUGCCUUGUUUUGCACACACUGUACAAAAUAAUAAAAUGCAGUACUACAGGAUAUUUCCUCACGUAGCUCUUUAUUAGCUAGCUAUAACUGGCAUGUUCACGUAUAACUGGCAUGUUCAAGUAUCGCCAACCAGGAUCCAACGGACCAUGACCUAACCGUUUGGGUGGUCUUAACCAAUCAUAGCGCAGUAUGAAAUGGCGGUAAAAUGCAUCCAAUUACAAUUCAGUAUGUUUACACAUGAAUAUGACAUCCCCCUUCUUUUAAAACAAAAGAAAAUGUUUACAUAUUCUAAGGGUUUCUUUUGAAUACAUGCUCUGUAGUUAAAACUCAAGGUAGGUACCCAUUUAUAUUGCAUACUAUACCAACUGAAUCAACAUAGACUCUGAAACAAUAAUCCAACAUACUGUUACUUUUAAAACAAGGGAUUCUCAGCAAAUCAGCUUUCACUGUAGAAAUAACAUCUUAACAUUUCAAACAGAUACAAUACCAAAGCAUAACAAGUUUACAGUCAAACUAUUUUAGGGCAGCGAUCCGCCUACACCCUUUAACAGGUCUAGGACAGCUCUGGGCUUGACCUUUCUUCCUGACCUUGUGCGAUAUGAUGCUGAUCAUGCUUCUGUGUCAGUCAACAGUUCUUGUGGUGUUGCAGGUAAGUAUGGUGUAUGUUGUACUGUGUGUGUGUGUGUUUAGUCCAUCACAUUCUCUUUCAGGGGAACAGUUCAUCUCAUCAUUGUGUUGUUCUUUUGUGUUCAGUAGGUGACGACGAUUGCGGCGGUACACCGCUUCUUCUGCGGUGCGGACGUGAUAUGAACGUUCAGUGUCAGCUGGCUGGAUGACGACUGCUGGCUUCCAGAGACCAUGCUCCUGGAUUCUAACUGACUCUCCGUCGAUCAGUGGUGGCAGUGGUCUACCUGUCCUGUCGUAGUAUCGCUUUUGUUGGUGUUGUCUCUGCAACGUUUUUCAUGCAUUUCCUUGCAGCUGACGACCUCAGGUUGCAGCUGCUGGUUGGUGCUGGGAAGGAUUGAGCGAAGUCUGCGGCUCAUCAACAGCUGGGCUGGUGAUUUGAAGCUGUUAACUGGAGUGUUGCGGUAUUCAAGGAGACUGAGGUAGGGGUCUCUCUUGUCUGCUUUUGCUUUAUCCAUGAGUGAUUUAGCAAUCUGCACAGAUUUUUCAGCAAGGCCAUUACUUUGAGGGUAAUGCGGCCUUGUGGUGACGUGUGUGAACUCCCAUGCUUUUGUGAAGGAUUCAAACUCAUUUGAUUUGUAACAGGGCCCAUUGUCAGAUAUUAAAGUCUCUACAAUGCCAUGCCUGGCAAAGGCUGCUUUCAGCUUGUGUGUCCCAGCCGCAGAUGUGGUGCUGCAGACGACACCAUUUUGUAUACAUCUGGCCCUUCUUUGGACACUUAAACCUCCAAACGAGCUUCAAUGCCAUACAAC